UGCAAGAUAAAUGGACUACAGUCCCCAAAAUGCAUAGCGAGCCACCGACCAAUCGGAAGCCGUUGUGCUUCCGGUUACGCGAUUCUGCUGUUUUAUUGACAAAGGCGUAAAACCAGAGGUGACAAUUAGCGGUAUGAUAUACUAGUAAGAAGCUAUGUCUGCAAUGCUGUUGUACAGUUACCUAGGACUUUUCUUUUCAAAGGAACCAUGAAUAUAUGAUAUAGUGGCUACGGCUUAAAAGAACUUGAUCAUGAACACUGACCUGUGGAAAACAAUCACUGUUGCCAAGCAGGAGAAGCACAGAAAUCUGUAUCUAAAUUACAAGAACCUCCGCAAAUUCCCUCAUGAAUUACUGAAAGAUGGUGGCUCACGUCACUUAGAACAUCUCUAUAUGAAGAUGAAUUCAUUAACAACUCUGCCAGAAAACCUUGGACAGAAGCUUCCAAAUCUUAUUGAAUUAUAUUUGCAUUCCAAUAACAUAGAAGCAGUUCCAGAAGCAAUUGGCACCCUGGUUAAACUACAGACUCUGGAUCUUAGUAAUAAUGCCUUGGCUAUCCUUUGCCCUGAGGUUGGUCAGUUGAGAUCUUUACGGCAUCUGCGAUUGGCAAACAACCGACUGAAAUUUCUUCCUUCUGAAAUUGGAGAUCUAAGAGAACUGCAGACCCUUGAUGUCUCAGCCAAUUGCUUGACUGCGUUGCCAGACACUCUUCAUUUAUGCUUUUCCCUGCAGUAUUUGUCUGCCGACCGGAACCAGCUUAAAGAUAUACCCAGGCAACUUUGCAUGCUUACAAACUUGAAAGAACUCUCUGUAACUAGCAACAAUUUAAAAUGUUUACCACAAGAUCUGGGGCGAUAUCCAGAGCUUCAAUAUGUGUAUGUAGACAACAACAUUCAAUUAUGUGGACUACCAUCUUAUCUCUAUAACAAAGUUAUUGGCCACAGUGGUUGCGGUUCCUCAACACAAGAUGAAGAUGUGAAGCUGUCAUUUUCCCAUAAACAGAUGACCAUCAUUCUGCCAGAUGAAAUCCUGGGAAUAGGAACAGAAAAUGACCCUGUGCCAACCCUUCAAGAAAUGGUUAUGAGAACUAUCUACAGUGUUUUCCGAAUAUCUGAUAAAGGUCUGGAAAUCUUGUCCCCAAUCUCAUUACCUAGGAAUCUGUACAAGUUACUAUUCUACCCACUGGGACAUUGUCAUCACUGCAGCAAACCAAUGUUUACCAUUGUCUAUCCUAAGUGUUAUCCUCUGGUGGAGACCCCUAUGGCUGCCUUGUAUAAUGGGAGAACAAAAAUGAGCUUUGUAGCGUACUGCUGUUCUGUCAAGUGUCUACAGCUUUUUGACUUGCUCAGAUGAUAGACCUCAUAAUGAGGAAUGAACUACUGCCAGCACUUAGAAGAGACAUUCCAGGGUGAAGCACUCUGUGAUGACCCCUUAUGAUUUGCAAAAAUCUGUGCCAAAUUUUUGGGAGAUGGUCUGCAAAAAUGAUAGUUACUUUUCAAUUUGUACUAAUAACUGUUACAUUUCCACACAGUUGUGCAAAUUCUUAAUAUUAAUGAAACUUACUGUCAUAAUUAGACAUCAAGAUGGUUUGAGACUCUGUCUUCUGUAAGUUAAUGAAUAAUAUAAGCACCAGGCGACAAUGUGCAAACUAAUAAAUGAAAACCAGUUUGGCUUAAAGAAUUGAAGGAAAGAGCUAACUUUGUUUGAAGUGGUUAAUUACAGAAUUUGAAUGACUUUCUCCAUAAUUUCCUUUGUUAUUAAAACCUAGGCAUUACCUUAUAUCCGAUAAUAUACCACAAUUUGUUUCUCAAAUAAAAUAGGUCAUGAAACAGUUAUGAGCAAAUUGUACAGUAUGGAUUAUCCUGCAUUACAGGGGUUGCAUUUAUAGAAAAUAGUCUGUACCACAAUUCUCUGUAAAGCAAAGCAGCGAAAUCUGCACUUGCUCUAAGAAACACAAGUUUAAAAAUUGUUUAUUUAUUUCCUUUCUGAUCAUGUAAUUUUCAUGAGUGUGAUUUUCCUUCAUCAGCUCAAAUUUUUUGGUUAGUGAUUUGUGAAUUCUCUAAGGGUAAAUUUCCUUUAUCCAAUAGGCUUUAACACAUUAUUACAGCUGUUAUAGGAUCAUUAUUAUUACAACCUGUCUGUAAUAAUUUUGCAACCAUGGGCAGAUUGAAGGGUCAUUUAAAAACAGCUUUCAGUAAUUCUGGCUGAAUAACUAAUCCUUGAAGAUAUGGCAUUAUCUUAUGUUUGUAAGUAAUGCAAAAACUUCCAUACUUCAGGAUUUAUAUUUUAGCUGUUAGUAUUUACAAAGGCAAUUGUCUCUUUGCAGAGUUACUACAUUGUAGAAACCUGUUCAUGUGCCAUUUGCUGCUUGUACAUGACACUUGUGGGGAAGUGGGAAAUCUGAGUGGCAUGCAUUAUAAAGCUGUACAGAUUAUUGGUUGUUGGUUUGAUGCAUCAUGUACACAAAGUGAAUUGAUUUCAUUAACAGUAGCAAAAGGAGGAACACAAGUUUUGACCUGUGAACAGAGUGUUAAAAAUCAGACAUGGUUGGCAAUUGUUAACCUGCUGCAUUGAAAAAUUAAUAACCGAGAUUACUAGAUUUUGAUGAUAUAAUGUCAAAGGAUUGAAUUGCUUUUUCUCACCUCUGACAUAAUUUACGAGUGCAUUAUGUAAAAUGUAGGAAUUAUUUGAGGAGGAUUGGUCUAAGUAGUAGUGCGAACACUCGAAUCGAGUAUGAUGUUCUUUUGGUGGGAGCUCAGUUAGCUGUAGAGGCUGAUUAGAGAUCCACAUAACCAGAAUGUUAGGAUGGAUUUCCUUUCAUGGAGAAUGCCUGUGUGUGACUUUGUUUAAUGUGGCUGCCACCACACAGUUCCUGACUGAUUGGGGUUGAGGUCUAGUGGUUUGGAGAGCAAGGCGACUGGGGACCCUUCACUGCUGCUGGCAGCUCCACCAUUGAGGUCUUGGGUGUUCACUCUGUGCCUGGAACCUCUCCCUUGACCUUACCGCCAUGAGGAACCCUACCAGGAGCUAAACUCCAGACUUGCUCUCAGGAUCUCCACCAUGACAAGGUGACAGUCCUCAGAGAAGGCGAUCCUUGAUCUAAGAGAGAACUACACGUUAACUCAGGUAUUUCCAAAACAGAAUAAAUCUACUUUUCUUUAAAAUAUGAAGGAGUAAUUGCUUAAGCAAAUAGUGUUCAAUGAAAGCAGUGAUUUCCUAUACCCAUGCUUCAAUGUACAGUAUGUCUGAAUAAAAAUGAUGAAAAUUGGUUUCAGUUCCUUUUUGAAAUGGCCAGUAACUGGAUUACACCAAGGUUGUGCUGCUGACUCGUUCUGCUUCUUUAAAAAGUUCUAAGUACAGCCUAUGGGAUCCUAGGUAAUUGGAGCUGCUUCUAAAUUCUUGGCAUGAUUACUCAAAUGUCAGCUCUGGGUUUAGGCCCAAUACCUUGGAGGAAAUGCCUUUCCUUGUUAUUUUUUUUAAUUUUAAGCUUGUUUUCCUUAACAUCAGACUUCAUGAAUAUGAAUUUCUCUUCCUUGUCUCCAAUUUUGGUGAUCUAAGUCACUCCCAGUCAUCAAUUUUGAAAUGAGACGAAAUGUCUUGAUGGAGGACAGUCAUCCUCUAAAAGUUCAAACUGAAUUUAUUAUCAAAGUAGUUUAUUUCACCGUAUACUUCCUUGAGAUUUGUUUUCUUGCAGGCAUUUACAGGAAAAUAAAGGAAUAUAAGGGAACAUGAAAAACCGUACUUAAAGACUGACUAUCAACUAAUGUGCAAUAGACAAAUUUUGCAAAAAAAAAAAGAAUUAAUAAUACUGAGAACAUAAGUUGUACAGUCCUUGGAUGUGAGUCUAUAGGUUGUGGAAUUAAUUCAGAGUUGAAGUGAAUUAAGUUAUUCACACUGGUUCAGGAACCUGAUGAUUUUAGGGUAAUAAUUGUUCCGGAACUUGGUGGUGGGGACCUAAGGCUCUUGUAUCUCUUGCCUGAUGGUAGUCACGAGAAGAGAACUCUGGAAUUCUCUACCCAAGAGAUCUGUAGUUCAACAUAUUUAAAAGAGCAUAAUAGAAUUUUGCUGCUAAGAGUACUGAGGGAAAUGGGAUUCAGUGCAGGAAAGUUGCUGAUUUUAUUAUCAGGAUUUUAUUACAAAGCAGGUUUAACACUUGAAUGGCCUACUCUUCAUUUUGUUUGUAAAUUUCUGUAUAAACAAGCCUUUUUUUAAAAUCAUUCUUCACUUCAAUUGACUGUUAGAAUUUUAGUUGCUUGUAUACUGUAUAUUUGUGUAGCAUGCAGAGAAAAAUCUUAAUUGUACUGCAUGCCAUCCGUCUCUAAUAGAUGAGGCUCUUUCAUGUCUGAAAAUUCUUUGUCUAGCAGCGCUAUCUGAUCCAUUUUUGCAGGGAAUGGAACAAGCUAAAAACUUUCAUUUGUGUCAGAAAUCCUUCAAUAUUAAUGCUGAAAGUACUGAAAAUUUGACCAGAAAAAUCAUGAUAGUUGAGAUAUUGUAUGAUGUAAUUUGCCAGAUGCAUUUUAUACUUUGUGUUUUGACCAGUUUUUAUUUACCUAUCGAAGCAGCUGUAAAGGCAUUUGCCCAAGUCCUUCUCACAACAGAUCUGUCUUGCUCAUCACUUCACUGACUGGGAGGUUAGUUCAUCAUCCAUUAGCGGCUUGCUCAUAGUCAUUACAUAAUACAACAUGCUGUAUUCCUUGAAAAUGUCAUUUACACUUGGUGGUUGCAAAGAAUCUUAAGUGUGUAUUAAGCCUCCAUUAUCUGCUUUCACAUUCCUUAAUGCUAGCCAAGAUAGUCGAGGUGAGAUAUUUUGAAUGGAAUUCUCUGGUCAGGGAUCUGAAUAUAGAAAUAUGGCUUGUGCACUCCUGGCCCAUUGAAUGGAAAGUGCCAAACUGUCUCUGGUUCCAAACUAUCACUGAUGAAAAGAACUGUUAAUCUUGAGGUAUUUCUCUUGGGAAGAUUUAUAGAUCUGUAGCGCUCAAUGAAAUAGACUUCACCUUGAGCCCACUCGUCUCUUUUCACAGCUUGAAAAGAACAACCACCUACUUUUACCUAGCCUAAUUAUUGUCAGAAUAAAUAGAAACAGCUCCAUGGCUUUUAUGUUGGUGUAGAAUUGAGAUUUAAUUUCUUGGUGCCUAUAUAGUCAUUGAUUCCUCUUCCCAGAAUGAUCUGAGAAUGUAAACCUUUCAAUGGAAUAGUGGUGCAGUAAAAAUUUGAGAGUAGGGCUCCUUUUAUAGCAUGUGGAAUAGAUCAGUUACUUGGCACUUUUAAAAGAUUGUGUUCUUGUUCCAGUUACUUUACUAGAAACAGCACACGUUUUGGCAGUAGUGAAAUGGCCACAAUCCAACAUUAGCAACAGUGGAGCAGCACCUAAAUCUUCUUUCUUUUUGCAUGAUUACAGUAACUACUUUCAUAUGAGUAAAAUUUUGCACACAACCAGAAGCUCACCGAUAAGUAUCAUUAUUGUAGGAUCCAUCAGCUUGGUUUGGUUCUGUCCACCUAAUUUACUGCUUGUGAUAUGAUACAAGAUUCUGAGGAUUUUUCAUUAUCUAGUUGAAAAAAAUCAACUUUUUGGGGGGGGUGGGGUCUGUACCUCUUGAACUGCCUCAUUUAAAGAUAUCAAGUUACAACCAACAGGAAUGUAGUGUUUUAAAAUAUACUUUCAUGUAUUACCAGCCAAGAUCCUUCAAUUAAGGAUGUCUAUUUAAAAACACACAAAAAAAAAAUCUGCAGAUACUGGAAAUCCAUAGCAACACACACAAAAUGCUGGAGGAACUCAGCAGGUCAGGCAGCAUCUAUGGAAAAGGGUCUCGGCCUGGAACGUCGAUUGUUUUCUCUUUUCCUGGCCUGCUGAGUUCCUCCGGCAUUUUGUAUGUUUAUUUAAAACUCGCCGUCACCUGGAUAGUAAAAGUAAUAGCACAAUGGUGCAGCAAUCAGUGUUCCUACCACAUAGCUCUAGUGACCUGUGCAUUACCCAGUGUGUUCCAGUUUCCUCCCACAUCUCAAAAAUGUUCUGGUGGGUAAAUUGCCAUCAUAAAAUACCACACGUGUAGAUGAGUUUCUGAAGUACCAAAGAGGAGUUGUUGGGCAUGUAAAGAAAAAAUAUUACAGAGAAAGAAGAGAAAUGAGACUGGCGGGAUUGUUUUGCAUGGAGCAAGCGUGGACCCAGGGGACCAAAUGGUCUCCUUCUGGGUCAUAAUGACACAAGCAUGAUGUAUGCAUUUCCCUUUGUCCGCUUCCCAAAAACAUUUAGGAGAACUGAACAAAGUUACAGUGUGCAGCAUUCAGUUUUUUUAAACUUCAUUUUUCCCCCUCUCAAUUGCAUACACAUGCACAACAUAUUGGGGUGAGCUUAAGAUGUGGGGCAAGAUCACAAGUGAAGGAAUUCUUGGAUUUGAUGAAAUGUAAUUUGUUUUUGGCUUUCCAAGUUCAAGCCUCACAUUUGAAAUCACAUGUAAGAUUUAUGGUGCACACUUAUUAUGUGUAAAUUUAUCACUUCACUUCAUUGUGAAUAUGCCGUUACUAUAUUUGAUUAUUUGAAAGAUGUGUGCUUUAAAUUUACUUAUCAUCUUGUAAUCCUCAGUAUUGUGGCAAUCCUGCCAUCUAGUAAGAAAACCAGCAGAGCUGGUCAGACAAUUGCUCUACAAUUCUUGUUCCCUUAUUUUGUUUAGCUGUGCUGCAAUUUCAUUCAAAGCCGUCAUUACAGUUAAUCUGAAUGAUGAUGGAACUAGUUGUUUUGAUUCUAUUUUCAUGUAUCAUGUAAGUAACAUUACUAUUAUUUUUAACAAUGUACAAAUGGUUAGUUUCUUUCAUACUGAUUUCUUGAUUUCCUCCCUUCUUCCAGUAUAAGUUAUGGUUUUAGGUACCACACAUGUAGCAUCCACACCAGGACCACCAGACUCAAAUAUAAUUAUUUCCCCAAGCAGUAAGGCUGAUCAACACCUUCACCCACUAACCCACCCCGCCACAUUCCCCACCACCACUACUUUAUCAUUUCUUGUCAGGCACCAAUGUAGUCUAGCGUCACUUAAUGGACAUACAAUCAAUGUGUUUCUUGUUAUUGUGUUAGUUUUCUUCUUGUGUUUUUCUUUGUGCUGCAUCAG